UAAGAUAUCUUAAGAUAGGUAGAUAUCUUACUAGCUUAGUCCGUGCACGUCCGUGACCCAUGUACUUCAUAUAGGGAAUCUGAUUCUGAUAACAAACAAUAAAUGAAUAAAAUCGUGAAUCUAUUUUUAUAAUUUUAUAUUUCCGCUUUGUAAUUAUUUGUGUCAUCAUACAACAUAUUCUAUGGUAUCAUCAAUUUAAUUGAAGUCAGAAGUUUGUACAAUUUGCUAUAGCCACGUAUCUUGCCAUUAGAUCAUUAACCAAAUAUGUCGGUAUUUAUUUCGUCAGUCAGUCGACACUUGCCACUUGGACAGUCUCCUGAAAAGUGCAUCUAAAGUUAUUAUAGGUUCUUUCUAUGGUCAAAUCGCACACGGCAUAAUAAUAAGAUUUCAUCAAUAGCCGUACUCCGAGUUGCAGUUCUAGUUCAACAAUAACAACACAGCAUAAUAUAGUAAUUGUUAUUGAUCACUAAUAUGUCCAAAUCAAAGGAAGACGAGGUCAGAAUUCCGGACGUGAUUAUUGACAAUAAGAACAACAAAAAGUAUCAGAAAUGCAGCUUUCUAGGAAAGGGUGGUUUUGCAAAAUGUUAUGAAAUUAUUGAUAUGAAAACCAAGGAGGUAUUUGCAGGAAAAAUUGUGUCUAAAAAAUACCUUUUGAGACAUAAUCAAAAAGAUAAAAUGACUCAAGAAAUAUUUAUUCACAAGAUUUUGAAAAACAAAAAUAUUGUUUCUUUUCAUAGUUUUUUUGAGGAUAAUGAUUUUGUUUAUAUUAUCUUGGAACUUUGUCGAAAAAGAUCUAUGAUGGAGCUUCAUAAGAGAAGGAAAAUACUUACUGAACCUGAAACUCGUUACUAUGUGUAUCAAAUUCUUGAAGGCACAUUAUAUCUACAUCAACAAAACAUUAUUCAUCGGGAUCUAAAAUUAGGAAAUUUAUUCUUAAACGAUGAAAUGGAGGUUAAAAUAGGGGAUUUGGGUUUAGCUGCUAAAAUUGAAUAUGAUGGACAACGUAAAAAAACAUUAUGUGGUACUCCAAACUAUAUUGCUCCAGAGAUUCUUAAAAAAACUGGUCAUAGUUUUGAAGUGGAUGUAUGGUCUAUUGGGUGUAUUAUGUAUACACUGUUAGUUGGAAAACCACCAUUUGAAACAAACUCUUUGAAAGAAACAUAUGCUCGAAUUACGCGAUGUGAUUAUAACAUACCAUCUCAUUUAAAUAAGAAUGCCAGUACUCUUAUUGAAAAAAUGCUUCAAUUUGACCCUAAAAAACGUCCUUUAGUUUCUGAAAUAAUGAAAGCUGACUUCUUUACAACUGGUUAUAUGCCUAAGAAGUUGCCACCAUCUUGCCUAACUAUGGCUCCUCGUUUUGAUUCUAUUAAAUAUAGAGAAUCAAUUUCUAAUCGUAGACCACUAAUUGAACUGAAUAGUCCAAAAAAUAUUGUUAUUAAAACUGCUUCAAAACCUCAAGACCCAGAUUUUAAACCCUUAGUAUUAAAUUUACCAAGCAGACCUGGAAAUGGUGUAUCUGCAAUUGAUUGUAAAGAAUACAUGAUUUCUCUUGAAAAAGAAUUGAGAAAUGUAUUAAAGAGUAAAUCAUCUAAAACUAGAAUGAGAAAUAUGGAAGAAACUACUGAUCCUGUUGCUCAACCUUUAAUUUGGGUUAGUAAAUGGGUAGACUAUUCUGAUAAGUAUGGAUUUGGUUAUGAAUUAUCUGAUGACUGUGUGGGUGUCAUGUUUAACGAUUUUACUCGAAUUGUACUAUUGGCAAAUUUAAAGGAUGUUCACUACAUAGAAAAAAAUGGCUCUGAACAAUACUAUACUAUUGAUCAUACACCUCCUACACUAGAAAAGAAAAUGAAAUUGUUGAUGUACUUUAGGCGGUACAUGAAUGAUCAUCUUGUUAAAGCUGGAGCAGAUAUAUUAGCUAAAGAUGCAGAUCAAUUAAGUCGUACUCCAUAUUUGUAUCAAUGGUAUAGAUCUACUUCAUCAGUUAUUUUGCAACUCACGAAUGGGACUCUACAAAUAAACUUCACAGAUCAUACAAAAGUCAUAUUGUGUCCACUAAUGAAUGCUGUGACCUUUGUCGAAGAAAAUAUUUUUCGUACAUACCGGUUUAAUACAAUUGCAGAACAUGGCUGUACUCCUGAAUUUGAAAAGUGCUUAGUAUAUGCUCACAAAAAAAUUAUUUCUAUUUUGAAAGAUAACCAAUAAUAAUUUAGAAGUAUAUAUUUUUUGAAAUUUAAAGUAAUAUUUAUGUUUGAAAUUUAUAAGUUAAAUUUCAAAGGCUUUCUAUAGAUUGUAAAUAAUUUUUGUUAUAAGAUGUAUUAUACUAUAAUUUCUAAUUAUUAAAUACUAAAUUCAUAUUUCUUUAACAAUAAUUUUGUUUUUGUUAAAACUUAAUAACACUAUGUUUUCAAAAGAUAUGAAAAAAAAAUUAUUCAAAAGUUAAUAUUAAUAUUGCAACAUAGAAUCAAAGAUAUUUUUUAGAAUUAAUUGUAAUAAUCAAGUCUCACAUAGGGUAUUAAUGUCUUGAAAAUUAAUUUUAUAAGUUAUGAUUUAUUCUUAUGUAUAAACUAUAAAAAAAAAAAAAGUACUAAAUAGUUUUAGGUUUUUGUUUAUGAGUUAUGACUAGUCCUUAUAUAUUUUUCCCUUAUUUGUUAUUGUAAAUAUUAUUUUUAUUUCAAAUCAAUAAAUUACAUUUGGAAAAAGAA